AGGUAGAGAUUGGCAGAUGGCAUAGCUCUUCGAGGCACAGUGGUCCACUCCAGGAUUCUAUUCUCUCCAGCCAGUCUUCACUACUCAGGUUUCUGAAGCAGCCAUGGCAACAGUACCUGAACCCACCAGUGAAAUGAUGUCUUACUACUACAGUGACAACGAGAAUGACCUAUUUUUUGAGGCUGAUGGCCCCAGAAAGAUGAAGUGCUGCUUCCAAGACCUGAACAACAGCUCUCUGGAAGAUGAGGGCAUCCAGCUACACAUCUCCCACCAGCUCCAUAACAAGAGUCUGAAGCAUUUCGUGUCAGUCGUUGUGGCUUUGGAGAAGCUGAAGAAGGUAUCUUUACCUUGCUCACAGCCCCUCCAGGAUGAUGACCUGAAGAACAUCUUUUGCUGCAUCUUUGAAGAAGAACCCAUCGUCUGUGAAGUGUAUGAUGAUGAUGCCUUUGUGUGUGAUGCACCCCUGCAAUCACUGGACUGCAAAUUCCGGGACAUAAGCCAAAAAUCCCUGGUGCUGUAUAACUCAUGUGAGCUUCGGGCUCUCCACCUCAAUGGGAGUAGUGUGAACCAACAAGCGGUGUUCCGCAUGAGCUUUGUGCAAGGGGAUGAAAAUAGUAACAAGAUACCUGUGGCCUUGUGCAUCAAAGAAAAGAAUCUGUACCUGUCCUGUGUGAUGAAAGAUGGGAAGCCCACCCUGCAGCUAGAGAUGUUAGACCCCAGAGUUUACCCAAAGAAGAAGAUGGAAAAGCGAUUUGUCUUCAACAAGACAGAAAUCAAGGAAACCUUGGAAUUUGAAUCUUCCCAGUUCCCCAACUGGUAUAUCAGCACCUCUAAAGCAGAAGCAAUGCCUGUCUUCUUGGGAAAUACCAAAGGUGGUCAGGAUAUAACUGACUUCACCAUGGAACUCUCUUCCUAGUGACCUGUACCCAGAGAGUCCACAAGUGCUGAGUGACCCUUAGUGCUAGUGGAAGGGGAAUAGAAGGGUUUAAACAUGGCCUCAAGGGGAACUUCACUAUCUAAUCAGUGCACACUUCACUUCUUUAUCUAAUCGGUGCACAGCUGCCUUCCCUAUAUCACUGCUAAGAAGACCUCCUGCCUACCAACCAGGUGGAAUAACCCCCUCUUCCCAGGGCCAAUCCUCAGACCCCCUCUGCUGAGUCAGGUCCCUCUCAUCUCUUCUACUUACUCGAAGCCAGCCUGACAGGCCAUUACACCUUAGGUUCAAACAAACCCUCUGUCCUUUGUGCCCAGCUUCUGAUGAACAACCACUUAACUAUUUAUUUAUUUAUUUAUUUAUUGGUGGGUUAUUCUAUUUAAUUUAAGUCAAGAGGGCCAAGAAGCAUCAGUGUCUGUGAAAGAGCCCACUCUUUAAUAGCUAUGAAAUGAAUUUAAUUUGCACUAAUGUGCCAUCUUUAUAUCAAGUCCUUUCACCAAGGCUGAAAAAUGUAUAAGCUCAGAUUGUUUAAAUAGGAAUAUUUAUGAAUGAUUAAGUAUGACCACACUGCUUCAAUGAUUCUGAAAUAAAUUUCACUGAAAAAAACA